AUGUGGUUUCAUAUAAAAAUGGACGCUUUUCUUGUUAGCCUAACAAAGAUUGAACUCCCUCAAAACAUCUAUAAUGGGGAGUUAUCGUCACCAUCAAAAGCACAAAUUCAGUUAAGUCUACGUUUCUUGCCAUACUUGGAAUACAGAUUGUCUAACCGAUAUAUUAAUAAAUACACAGAUGUGAUUGAAGCGAACUUUGGAAACGAAAUCAUACCUAAGAUUACAAAUAAUAUGAAAGAUGAUAAGGGACUCCUCUCGGCAGUUUUUAACUUUCGUCAGGCUCAACAAAAAUUAUCUGAAACUUAA